AAGAAUUAAAUUUAAAUACUUAAGUAUGAUUUUAAAGUUGUAUUGAAAAUGUCAACAAGUUUUGUAAAAAAAACAGCUCGUGGCAGAACAAAUUUACCAGCAGGAACUAAAGCAUCUUUACAUAACAGUCAACUGCUUAUUAGUACAGGAGUGCCUUCUUUGGAUACAUUUAUAGGUGGAGGCUUAGCCGUUGGAACUCUUAUUCUAGUUGAAGAAGAUAUUCAUUCAACAUACUCAAACAUUUUGCUAAAGUACUUCAUAGCUGAAGCUAUUGUUGUCCAUCAACAAGUUUUUUUAGCAAGCUCAGAAAAAACUCCAGAAGAUAUUUUAAAGGAGAUUCCAGAUCUAACAGAUGAAGAUAAUAACUUAAAAUCCUCCAAUGACAAUAACAGUGAUUUGCUUAUAGCUUGGAGGUAUAAAGACAGCCCUAAAGUCCAACCCGUUGUUUCAAAUCUGAGGUUUGGUCACUAUUUUGAUUUGUCAAAAAAAAUUAGUCAAGAAAAAAUAGACACAUGUAAAAUAUCACACUUCUACGCAAAUCCAAACAGAUACAAUUCUAACAAAGAUCAGUAUAAAGAAUUAUUAGAAUCAAUCAAAAAUGAAUUGGAGAGGUUGAAAACCAGUAAUUCAAUGUGUAAUCCGUCUGUUUUGCGGAUUUGUAUAAAUUCACUUGGAUCACCACUUUGGGGUAGUUUUUCCACUGCAUCUGGUGCAUGUGAAUCAUCAUUAACUUGGUUUCUACUUGCUCUUCGAUCUAUAUUGAGAAAUUCAUUAGCUACCUGCAUGAUAACUAUUCCAACACAUCUGUGUGAAGAGUUGUGGUUUGUUAAUCGUAUUAGAAGAUGCUGUGACACAGUAAUUCAAAUACUAUCCUUUAAUGAUGCUGUUAAAGAUCAGAAUCUUAUGUACAAGGAUUACAAUGGUCUUUUGCAUGUAAAAAAACUUGCCCAUUUAAAUUGCAUUUCUGGAUAUGAUAUAAAUACAUCUGAUUUGGCUUUCAAAUUAAAAAGAAAGAGAUUCUCCAUUGAGAAACUUCACUUACCACCAAAUAUCAGUGAAACAGCAAAUCGCUCGGAGACUAAACCAAAUAUAAAGACUUCCAUAUGUAGUUCAACCACGCAUGCUAAUAACCCACUGGAUUUUUGAUAGAGUUUUCUGCUGGUUUUCUGAAGUUUUAAUUAAAUUCUUCUAAGAUUUGCUUAACAAGAUGUGAAUUGUUAUUCAACAUUGCUGAAUAUAUACUCUAAAUACUUAAUCCAUACUCUAAUAAAUGAUAUUAAAAGUUA